ACAGUGACUUCCGGGUCACAUGAUGAGUCAUUUUAGAACCAAAGGUAGCAAGUCAAUGUAUAGUGUAAUAAUUUGGAUUAACACUUCGAUACGAUAAUUUUAGAUAAUCUGAUUGUUGACAAGAUUGGAGGAUAAUCCCCAGUACCAGCAGUCGACAUCAGUGAGAGGAUCCAACACACAGCAGGUUGGUGUGAAGUGCAGACAUUUCAUGGUAUAUACAUGUAUAUAGCGACGAACAACGACCUCCUAACCAACACAGUUAUUUGUGGUGCUGACGACGUAUGAUGGAAGAUGUGAGACACUGUUCAGCAUCCCCCGCUUUGUCCGAUGUGUCUUCUCGUAACUCCUCGGACUCCACUGAACCUUUGACCAAGCGACUGUGUCUUUCGGCGCCCGUAUCAAAGGCUAUGGACUCUAACAUCACACUGUGGCAGUUCCUGUUGGAGCUGCUAGUCAGUAACCAACACAAUCACAUCAUCCGCUGGACAAACAAUGACGGCGAGUUUAAGCUGCUGAACGCGGAGGAGGUGGCGCGUUUGUGGGGGCUCCGUAAAAACAAGCACAGCAUGAACUAUGACAAGCUGAGUCGGGCUCUCCGCUACUACUACGACAAAAACAUUAUCAAAAAAGUUAUGGGACAAAAGUUUGUUUAUAAAUUUGUGUCUUUUCCAGAAAUUGUGAAAACAGAAAACAAAAUACCAUUCAAGGUUAAAAUGGAAACUUUAGCUCAGGAAUAUGGUCAAAGAGUGUUGCCACAUUUUGCUUCAUACAACUCGGUGGAUAUCAAAUCAUCGGCAAACAUGGCGACUUCUACCAGCAAGGCGACAUGUGUUAGUCGUAUGCAAACGGAAGUGACGUCAGCAGAUAGCACCACUCCGAGUCCGGUGACAGUAGUGGUGACAUCUGUUAAAGAAGAAAAAGACAUGGAUUGUCACAGUUCUUCGAAAAGCAGUUUCGUGCCAUCUCUGACAUCACGUGGGCUGUCGCCCUCCUCAUUAUCGUCACAUUCAUCUUCGUCGUCAUCGUUGUCGUCGCCAUCCAUCAGUACAUCGGGUGUAAUAUCCAAACCCAAACCGAACCCCCUCACUCUCAGCAUCACUGACAGUUCGUCUACAUCUCUCACCAGUGCCAUCACGGGACUCCCUGUACCCAGCCCCAAAAUUGGACAGACGAGCUACCCCACACCAAUAGUGCUGGCCAGUCCCGUUGGGAUGGGCCCCCGUACCCCAUUCCUACACUUUUGGAGCUCCCUCAGUCCCAUAGCCACAAUGAGCCCACGUAUUGGUGCCAACUCCGCGUUUCAGUUUCCUUCAUUUGCCAACAGUCACAUGACUCUGUCUCCAAUGGCGAUUCCGUCAAACUUUUCCAAUGUAGAAUCUCUGGCCACACCGGCUUGUGUGUUAUGACCAUUACAGAAAAAUGACCACUAGUUAUUGAAUUGAGAUCUGGUGCUAGACAGGAACGAUAACUAGAGGCAAAAGACUGUACCCAUGGGGGUUAGAGCCAGUCUACAUGGUUCAAAGACCAACAAAAUGGGAUCAGGACCGUUAACAUUGAGCUAAACCCGUUCAAAGGGGACCGGAUGCCCGUUAAUGAGAGAGGUCCAUGAGGAACCCGUCAAUAAGGAUCCUUAAAAGGUGCUUUAAAGGGGGACCAUGGGCGCGGUAACAAUGGGUCGGGACUCGUUAACAAUGGGUCGGGACUCGUUAACGAGCAUGUGCACGUUUCCGUCUGGAGACCCAAUAAAAGUGUUGAGAGACCCAUUACUGUGGAUCAGGUACCAGCACAAUAUUGCAGCUAUUCCUCAUCAGUUCAUUGUAUACAUGAUUGUUCAUACUUAAGACAAGUAUCUGUUACUUUUUAUUAUUGGUUGCAACUCAUCUCUCUUGAAAGAAAUCCGUGGUCUUUUAGUCUAUUGGUCCCUGGUCAUGCAUAUUUCCGAUGGAUUCGUCGUUGUUUUUGUUUCAUAAAUACAACCCUGAUCAGUGGUUGUCCACUACUUUCUAGAGAGUGAAAUAACAUACAUCGCGUUCGGAUAUUGUUGUACAUUUCUACUUAUUCUACAAAGGACACGGGUUUGUACUUUGGUCCUUACAGAAAUCCGACCUACAAGUGUCGGAUGUCUGUAUAAUAAUCUGACCUGAACACGUUUAAGAGAUUCCGUUUGCGGUAUCGUGUAUUAGUGUGUUAAAUUUUUGUACAUUGAAGUUUACCAGACACGCAUUUGUAAUAAGGGAACAAGUGUUUUUGUUGAUAUUUAACAUGUGAUACCGGUUAGCAUUGUUAAUUUCUCACUGUUAAAAAUGAUAAUCCUUCAACUACAGUGGGGAGGGUAUGUAGACAUACCAAUUUUGUGUUUUUUGAACAAUAUAUUUUUUAAUUAUUUUCAUUUCUUUGGCAAAACGAAGCUUUGUCCUCAAAUAGAUUUUCGUCCCCUCCUUAUCUUAAUAUCCAUGUCCCUGUGCCGGAUAUGAUGUUGAACCACAAAGGUACUGGACAAGGUUCACUAUGUAAUACAUGUGUAUGUACCAAUAGGACUUAUUUCAAUACCUUAGCGUUUUCUAAAACAAUAUCGGUAUAUCCAUAAUAAAAAUAUUGGGUUCGUAGUUUUUUUUUCAGAUUUAAGAGAUUAUUCUCUUACAUUGAAAUAUUUUAAGGUCCUAACAGGUGUCGGUGAUUUGUCCUAUUUUCUUCAUUACAUUUAAAUUUGUUUAUUUUGUUUUGUGAAAUCAGUCCUUUCGUUUGAUAGAACCUUACAAACAGACUUAUUGAUUUCUACCAUACCAAUAUAAUUUAUCCGUUUUUGUUUUUAUAACAGGAGACUGGUAGGAUCAUUACUACUAUAAGAUCAUUUAAUAAACUGUGUUGUCCAUUUUGGAAAAGAUAUAUUUGCCAGUUUGUAUAGAAUUGUGUCGGACCCCUAUGUUUUUGUAGUUAUUUUCGUUUUAUAGUGCUUUUAAUGUGAUUUUGAAUCUAUUUAUAAUUCCCCUUAUGUCGCUUUUUAUAUACACGACAUAAAUACUAUUAGCUGACCGUCUCAGACGAGUGUCACAUGGUGGUGCGAAUCUUACUGAAGAAAAAGGUAUAUUUUAUACUGAAUGUCAUUUUUAUGCAUUUUAUUAUUAUUAAUAAAUAAGACAAAAUGAAAUCGAA